UAGCAAGUUUUCUUCUAGUCAAAUGUUACCGCCACCAGCACCUUGACAGGAACUCUCUUUUCGUGGAGUUAAAAGAGGUAUGGUGAUCAUCAACAAUGUUGUCGAGGUUAAAGUUACUGCACUCUCGGCAUUUGCAGCUUUUUGUGGAUUCUGUGACACCACUGAAUGCUUAUCACACGAAAUGUGGUGUUUAUGGACAUCAUCCAAGAACUAAAACAGAAUCAAAAAUCGAUACUGCUGCAAUACAGAACAGGAUACAACAGAGUAAUGUGUACAGACUGGUUGAAGCUUACAGGACUUUUGGACACAGGAAGGCCUCCUUAGACCCUCUACAGCUGGCUGAAACUGAAAAUGUCCAAGAACUAGAUGCUAGACUUUAUGGAAUAUCAGCUGAUAGUAAUCAAAUCAUCCAGACAGAGGGGAUUUUUAAUGGACCGAAUAUGACAAUAGAAGAACUUGUGAAAAAUCUGGAAUCAGUUUACUGUGGUCCUGCUGCCAUUGAGUUUCAACAUUUAGAGGAUGUUGAAGAGAGAGAAUGGUUAGCGCAAGCUUUUGAGACACGAGGAGAGAUCGAGCUUACAACUCAGACAAAGAAAGAGUUGGCAGAUUUAAUGUUACGUUGUCAGGCAUUUGAUCACUUCUUGGCCAGCAAGUUUGUGAAUGUAAAACGUUAUGGAGGAGAGGGGGGUGAAAGCAUGAUGGCCAUCUUUGAAGAGAUCUUCAAUAAGUGUUCACAAAACAGUAUCACAGAUGUUGUCAUAUGUAUGCCACACAGGGGACGUUUAAACUUUCUCACCUGUAUGUUAAAAUUUCCUCCAGUUAUCAUGUUCAGAAAGAUGAAAGGUUUACCUGAGUUUCCUCCCAAUGUUUCAGGAAGUGGGGAUGUUUUAUCACAUCUUUACACAUCUAUUAAUUUGAACUAUGGUGAUAAAGAUGUUCAUGUUAGCCUUAUUCCAAAUCCAUCACAUCUAGAGGCUAACAACCCAGUAGCUGUUGGGAAGGCCCGAGCCAAGCAACAAAAUUUACAAUGUGGUGAAUACAUCCCUGACCCCGCAGACGAGAAAGUCUUGUGUGUGCAAGUGCAUGGUGAUGCUUCUUUUUCUGCUCAGGGUAUAGUAGCAGAAACAUUCAGCAUUGCCGAGUGUCCACAUUUCAAUGUUGGUGGCAGUAUACACUUAAUCGUAAACAACCAGGUGGGCUUUACAACGGAGGCUUCCAGAGGCAGGUCCUCUAGAUACAGUAGCUGCCUCGCCAAAAUAAAUGCCUAUCCAGUUCUUCAUGUGAAUGCAGACUUCCCCGAGGAAGUUUUACGAGUAACUUCUAUAGCCAUGGACUAUAGGAAAAAGUUCAACAAAGAUGUAGUCAUCGAUUUCAUCUGCUUCCGCAAACAUGGUCACAAUGAACUAGACGACCCCUCAUUUACUCAGCCAGCGAUGUAUAAAGCAGUGCGAGGGAGGGAUAGUAUUCCCAAUCAGUAUGCCAGCCUCCUUGUGUCACAAGGACUGUGUGAGCAGGAGACAUUGAAUGAGUCGGUCAAGGCUUGGAAUGCCACACUAUCAGAACAUAUGUCUCAAGUGGAAUCUUACACACCUCAGAGAUUUGACCUUCAGAAGCAGUGGAGUGAGAUGGUGCAGCCAGGAGACAUAAUAACUCACUGGGACACUGGGGUUUCUAUAGACCUACUGAAAUUCAUUGGGCAGAAGUCUGUAACUUGCUCUGAUCUGAAAGUGCAUCCCAAUGUACAGAAAGCUCAUGUGGACCGUCGUCUUGAGAGGAUGAAGGAAGGCAGGGGGCUGGACUGGGCCACGGCAGAGGCUCUCGCAUUUGGUUCUCUACUUUACCAGGGUUAUAAUGUUCGAGUCAGCGGACAGGAUGUAGGGAGGGGAACAUUCAGUCACAGACAUGGCAUGUUGGUAGACCAGGAGACGGACGAGAUGCAUAUCCCCUUAAACCACAUCAAAGAGGAUCAGACGGGGUUCCUAGAGCUGGCUAACAGUGCUUUGUCUGAGGAGGCAGUCCUGGGGUUUGAGUAUGGGAUGAGUAUUGAUAACCCUAACAACCUGAUUAUUUGGGAGGCCCAGUUCGGUGAUUUCUUCAAUGGAGCCCAAAUUAUCAUUGAUACCUACAUCGCCAGUGGUGAAUUGAAAUGGCUGCUGCAGACUGGACUAGUGAUGCUGUUACCUCAUGGAAUGGAUGGGGCAGGACCAGAGCACUCAUCCUGUAGGAUAGAAAGGUUCCUACAGAUGUGCGACAGCAGUGAGGUUAAAGUGGAUGGCGAUAACAUUAACAUGCAGGUCGUGAACCCCACCACCCCCGCUCAGUACUUCCAUCUCCUCAGAAGACAGAUGGUUCGUAACUUCAGGAAGCCCCUAGUAGUGGUGGCUCCUAAGAUCUUGCUGCGUCUGCCAGAGGCCUCCUCCACUCUUGAUGAAAUGGCCCCUGGAACCACCUUCCUCCCAGUAUUUGGUGACCCUGAUGUUUCUGCAAAGAAAGUGACCAAAGUUAUCUUCUGCUCUGGCAAACACUACUACACACUAGUAAAGGAGAGGGAAAAUCUCAAACUUCAAAAUGUUGCUCUGAUUCGUUUAGAGAGCUUGUGUCCAUUCCCAGCUGCAGAAAUACAAGUAGAACUGAACAAGUUUUCAAAUGCCACAGAUUUUGUGUGGAGUCAAGAGGAACAUAGAAACAUGGGAGCCUGGAGUUUUAUGUCCCCCAGAUUCGAAAAUGUUUUGGGAAAGAAGUUGAGGUAUGCUGGUCGUGAUCAUCUUGGGACCCCCGCCACUGGAAUAGGCCAGAUCCAUCAGGCCGAAGCCAAAUCCAUACUGCAGCAGACAUUCAGUUGACCACCAGAGGGAGCUAAUUAUAUAUCAAAAUUAAAGUAUUCAUGAAAAAUUUUCUAACCUUAUAUAAACAGAAAUCUAAUAUUUCAUGUUGUGAUGUCAGUGACUGAGGUUUGAAUUUAGAAUGUAUUGUUUAAAAAAAUAGACUGCAACAUUUAAAGAAAUUGUUUUGUUCCUAUGAAGGGAAAUGCUUUGUAACACACAGAGGUAUUGAUAUUAGUCCAGAAGUUGUACAAUGAAAAUGGGAACCACGGGGUAAUGUUCUGUUCGCAUGCAUUUAGUCUUACAGUACAUGAGUAGAAAGAUAUAUACUGUAAACCAACUAAUAUUCGCGUCAUUUUUUUUUCGCGAUUCGUCAUUUUAAAAUCUAUCCACAACGAUUAAUUUUCGUGACUGAGGAAAUAUUCUCUACAAAUACAAAGCAAGAUAUUAAAAAAAAUUUUAUCAAAAUUAUAUUAAAAUUAUAUUCAAAUGCGUGAGUAAAAGUAGGUCACAAAACUCGCAAAUAUUUCUCGCACGCGAAUAAAAGUUGGUUUACAGUAUCACUAAUCAAAGAAUAUGUGCAUUUGUAAUCAAAUAUAGUCAUUUCAUUUACAUAAAAAGGGCAUUUAUUAAAUCCAAAGAAGCCAGUAAUAUAAUUAUUUUCACUUUUUAUCGAUUAAAACUUAUUUAUUCAAAAGAGUUUUUUUUAAUUUUAAAAUAUUUUCAAAGAUUUAUUUUUAUGCUCUCCGUAGUAGGGAGAAGUAAAUAGUGCUUGUUAUACUAUGGGAUGGAAGGUAUUAUUUUAUACAUUUGUCCUAGUCUGAUACAUCUAAGUAAUUUUAUUACAGCGUAUAUCUUUUUAUAUGAUUUUUUUUUUUUAGAAUAAGUUAUUUACAAUGCAUACAAUCUAUAUAUUAGAAGUGCUCCUUUUUUAGGCAGAGGAUACUUAAAAGCUAAAUCUGAAACAUAUUCGAAAGAUCUACUUGUAUGUUUAAAAUGGUACGAUCCCCCCACCAGUGAAUAUAUCUUAAACUUAUUAAAAUUAUAUCUUAAACUGAGAUUAUUUCAUGUGUGUCUAAUAGACUAUGUAUUCAAACUUUUGAAGUUAAUGGAUGGUUAUUUUUGUUUUUUUUUUCUUUAAAUUUGAUAAAGGGUUUGACACUAAGAAUCAAAUAUUUGUGAUAUUUGUGUUAACUAUUGUGCCAUUUUUUGUGCGAUUAAAACUAAAACUCUAA